CGUUGAGCUAGUGACUCUCUGAGCUCUGUGUAUGUGUGUCUUUAGGCUGAUGUGGUGCAGGGUGUAGCUGAGCCACGUUAGCCUCCCUGCAGCACUCCCGCAGCCCAGACAUCCAGCAGCUCCACUGGUCUUGAACUGCAUUUAGCCUCUGCUGUCUUGACGUGCUCCCCGUCUUGUCGCCGAGGAUUUUCUGUCCCUGCAAGGAUUCUCUCUCAUUCUGUCCAAAGGGGAGAGAGGAGAGAAAGAGGGGAGCAGGAAGAGCUACGACUGGGCCCGCUGUGACCUUCGCGGGGUGGCCGUAAAGCAAAAGUGGAGUCGGGAAGUGGUGCAGGAUUCAUCAGGUGGUGUGACAGCUCUGCCCAUGACACACUGUGUGGUGCACUUUCUUUAUCUGAGGAGCUCUGAUAUGGACACCAGGUGCAGUGAAGUGCAGCUCUCUGUGGGUGUGUGUGGGAUGUUGUGUCAGGGCUAAAGCCCAUUCCCUCUCCCAUGAGCCUGUGUGCCCACACACACACCUGGCGCCUCCACACGCACACCCGGCGCCCACAGACACACAGUCGACACUGACACUGUGUACUGGACCCUCGGAGCCCAGCGGAUCCCAGGGGAGCCAAGCGGAGUGGAGUCUAGCCCAGUUGGAGCCUGAGGAUGUCAACAGAGACAGAGCUACAGCCAGCGGUCAGGCCCAGCAGUGUCAGGCGGGACUCCAAGAGGAAAGGGCAGGACCGCAGCGAGGCGACUCUCAUCAGGCGUUUCAGGGGGGAUGGCGUUCGCUACAAGGCUAAGCUCAUCGGCCUGGACGAGGUCACUGCCGCCCGUGGAGAUAAACUGUGCCAGGACUCAAUGAUGAAGCUCAAGGGUUUCGCUGCAGCAGCUCGUUCUAAAGGAGAACACAAACAGAAGGUGUUUCUGACCGUUUCCUUUGGAGGGAUCAAGAUCUUUGAUGAGAAGUCAGGGAUCCUCCAACAUCAUCAUGCGGUCCAUGAGAUCUCCUACAUUGCCAAGGACACCACAGACCACCGAGCCUUUGGUUAUGUUUGUGGAAAGGAAGGAAAUCAUCGUUUUGUGGCGAUUAAAACUGCACAGUCGGCUGAGCCCGUGAUUCUUGACCUACGGGACUUGUUCCAGCUCAUCUAUGACAUCAAACAGAGAGAGGAGUUGGAGAAGAAGGCCCAGAAAGACAAACAGUGUGAGCAGGCGGUCUACCAGACGAUACUGGAGGAGGACCUGGAGGAUCCGGUCUACCAGUACAUUGUGUUUGAAGCGGGACACGAGCCCAUCCGUGACCAAUCAGAAGAAAGCAUUUAUCAGGUUCCCACCAGUCAGCAGAAGGAAGGGGUCUAUGACGUCCCAAAGCGACACCCAAAUCAUCACCAUGAACAUCAUCAUUGUUAUGAUCAGCCUCUCCAAGAGCAAAAGGAAGAGCAGCAGCAGCAGCAGCAGCAGCAGGCAGAUCUCAUAGACUUAGGUCUGGACAAGGAGGCUGAGAAUAUCAACCAAUUAGAGCUUUUUGGAGACAUGUCCACACCACCUGACAUCACCUCUCCAUCGACCCCCGCGUCUCCAGCCAAUGCCCUUGACCCCUCCCAGGGCCUCCAGCCUCCUACGGAAUUGUUUGCUCCCUUCAAUCCCGCGUCUGUGCCCUCAGGUUAUGUGACAAUGGGAGCAGUGCCUCCUGGCCACUGGUCCCAGCAGACUUUUGCUGCCCAAACACCCUUAGCCUUUGGUGUCCAGUCUCCUCUAGGUCCGGUAGCUCAGGUGUUGCCGAGCGGCCAACCUCUUAUCUGGGGCCAGGCUAAUCUCUUCCCUGCCACCCAGCAGCAGUGGGCAGCUAUGGCAGCUGGAGCCUUUUCCCCCACAGCUUACCUCCCUGCUCAGUCUGUGGGCACGCUGCCUGCCGCCAUGUUUCAGACGCUCACUCCCGUCACAACUGUGACUCCAGCUGGCGAGAGCCAUUCAGGUGCAGGAGCCAGCGCUUCAGCUCCUUCUCCUUCAGCGUCGUCGAGUCCGCAGCAUGGGGACCGGACGAAGAAGAUGAGCAAGGAGAUGUUCAAGGACUUUCAUCUGGCAAAGGGUCCGACAGUGCCGACAAAAAAGGUUGAUCAGCCCAGUCUGGCAGGAACCUCAGAAGCAUUUAGCACUUACUUCAAUCGAGUGGGCACCGCCCAAGACACAGAUGACUGUGAUGACUUUGACAUUUCACAAAUGAACCUGACACCAGUCACCUCCACGACACCGUCCACCAACUCACCGCCCACUCCUGCGCCCCGGCAGAGCCCGCCCUCCAAGUCCUCGGCCUCCCAUGCCAGUGACCCCCCCACAGAUGCCACCGACCCUCCCACCGACGACUCGUUUGGCGAAGCAGAGGGCAGUCCCAGUCGCAGUGGAGAGGAAGAUGCUGCUUGUGGUUCUGGGUCACCCUGCCCCAGUGAGACAGCUGAGCCCAGCCCAGACCAGGCCAGUCCGGAGGCUGAGAGCUAGAUAGCAGCAGGGCAGGAAGGGGACGGAUCCUCUCUAUGCCCAGAUCAACAAAG